AUGGAUAUGGAUUCGACAAUAGGGGAGUCUCAACCUGAUUCGAUUAUACGGAUAUAUGUGAAGAAACGAAGUGGGAAACACCUUGCAGUAUUGAAUAUAAAUAAGGAUGCUACUGUUAGUGAUUUAAAGCUAAAUUUUUAUGAAGAAUUUCACUACUAUCCAGAAAGGCAGUGGUUUAAUGUUGCAAGACCAAACGGAGAGGUGCUUAAAGAAGGGAAGUUAGAAUCAUACGGAGUAGAAGAUGGGACUACUUUAUAUUUUAAGGAUCUAGGGGUCCAAAUUUCAUGGAGAUUAGUAUUUUUUAUAGAGUAUCUUGGACCAAUCUUAAUAUUCCCAAUUUUUUAUUUCUUCCCGACAUUAAUUUAUGGCGAACCGGCUCCACCUAAAAGUAUUUCUCAAAAACUUGCGUUUGCUUUGGCUUUAUGCCAUUAUAUUAAAAGAGAGAUUGAGACAUGCUUUGUCCACAGGUUUUCAAACGCAACUAUGCCUCUUAUUAGACUUCCAAUCAACUGCUUUCAUUAUUGGUUUAUUUUUGGUGUUUUUGUUGGGUAUUACACAUUUCAUCCAAAAUAUUCGCCUCCGGAGUUUUCCCCAAUAACUUUAUAUUCAAUUGCUGUUUUAAUGUGUGUCUUCGAGUCUUUGAAUUUCAGUUCCCAUUUGGUUUUGAGGAAAUUGAGAGACAGAGGUACAAAGAAAAGAGGCAUUCCAUAUGGCUCAGGCUUUGAUAUUGUUUCUUGCGCUAACUAUUUUUGGGAAACACUUUCAUGGAUAUGUUUUAGCUUUAUUGCAAACUGCGCUACUUGUUGGCUAUACACUUUAGUUGCCUUUAUCCAAAUGGCACAAUGGGCAUUAAAAAAACACAAAAAUUAUCACAAAGAAUUUUCUAACUACCCAAAAUGUAGGAAGGCAAUUGUGCCAUUUGUUUUGUAA